AUGAGUUCACAGGACAAGGAGGAUAGUAUAUGGAAGCAGAAACCUGAGGUGUCAAAUGUCUGGGGAGCUUCUCUACCAACCACAGGAGCUGCUUGGAAUAGUAAAAAUAAUGAUGAAUAUGCUGCCUUGUUCCAGGGUGUGGCAAGUAAUGGGGCAUCUAAAUCUGAAAGUUUUCAAAAUUGGGGUAACAAAGGUGAAGGAGAUAAAUUGAAUAACACUAGUUCAUUUGGUCUCUCAAGCACAUCUUCAGAUUUGUGGUAUUCAACAUAUGAUCCUUUCAAAAAAAAUUGGGGCGAAGUUGAUUAUGCCUCUGUAACUUCAUCUAGCUCUCUUGAUAUUAAAAAAGUUUGGGAUAACCAAUUGCAUAAAAGUACUGAUGCUGUUGCUUCAUUAAGUUCUCAACAACAGUUAUCAGGUGGUAAUUCUGAGAGUGAAGAAGGUGUUAAAAAUGAUUCCACUUGCAAAGUUGAAUCAUCAUCGGUAGCUACAUCUACUUCCAAUCAUGGAAUUACCAAAUCAUCAUCAGCAAUAUUAUCUUCUGAUAAUCUUCCAAAUGAGGAUGUGGAGCGUAGUCAGCCUGAUGGAGCUGAAGGAAACAAAGAGGAAUUAAUUGCAAGAAUGGUCAACACUACUGAUUGUUGGGGAAAAAUAAAAAUAAAUCAAGAAACACCAUGGCAGAUGGAGACACACAUCAUUGGUCAGACACACAAUUCGUUACCUGAUGCUAAUCUCCUCAUGCCACCUGGCAGUGUUAUAGGAUCAGACGCUCAAAAAUUUGAGAUGUCAAAUCUGAUAUCUAAUCCCUGGAGCACAGCCUCCUUGCCAGAUCACAACUUUUUAGCUGCAAACAAUACAGGCAGUAAUAAUUGGGGCAGUACAGUGUCCUCCCCAUUUGUAAACCAAUCUUCUAAUCCUGCAUUCUUUGCUGUAAACAAUGAAUGGACUUCUGAUGAUGCUAGUCAUUGGAAUGGAACUUCUCAAUCGGGUUGUGACUUGACUAAUCCUAAUAUGUGGGCUGGUUCAUCAAAAGAUGGGGGACCUAUGUGGACGAACAAUAACAUGCUCAACCCUCUGAACAACAAUAAUUCUUCCUUGUGGCAGCCAGAUGGAGAUAAGAAUUUCUGGGGAAGUGGUUCCUCUGUAAAUCCUGGCGAUGUUGGUCUGGCAGGACCGUGGCAAGGAACAUCUAAAUUGACUGCAGAUAAGGGCUUGUCCAUUGGUGGUGGCAAUGUCAACCAGCCGUUAAAAUCUGUUGGGAUGUGGAAUGAAAGCAGCAGCAACAACAGACAGAUGGACUUUGGAGUGUGGAAUCAACCCAGAGAUCAAUUGGUACUUUCUUUUCUACUUAAUUAA